GUCGUCGUCACGGAGGAGGCUUUUGCCAAUUGCGUGUGUCGAUGCGUCGAGGAGCUUCGACGUUGAUCGUAACCCUAAUUUCUCGCAACCAUUGUUUCGUCACAGCUAAACAUCGUCUUGCCUCGUCGUCCUUCUCGUCCUCCUCCUCUGUGCCCUUCCUCAUUCAUGUCAAAGGCUGUUGACACUGUGCUUCAGAUUGAUUCAAUUGCGCUUGUCUGUCCGCCAUGGCGGAUCCCGAAGCGGUGCGCGUUGAAUACAGGCGCAAGCUUCUGCAGCACAAGGAGAUUGAUUCGAGGCUAAGGAGUUUGCGAGAUAAUGUCAAGGCUGCAAGGAGGGAGUUCGAUAAGACGGAGGAUGACCUGAAGGCUCUGCAGAGCGUGGGUCAAAUCAUCGGGGAAGUGUUGAGACAGCUUGAUUCUGAACGAUUGAUUGUUAAGGCCAGCAGUGGUCCACGAUAUGUGGUCGGAUGCCGCAACAAGGUCGACAAAGAAAAGUUGGUGGCUGGUACUCGAGUGGCACUAGAUAUGACCACUCUCACGAUCAUGCGAGCACUUCCCAGAGAGGUUGAUCCCGUAGUGUACAACAUGCUUCACGAGGACCCUGGUAAUAUUAGCUACUCAGCUGUUGGAGGACUAAGUGACCAAAUUCGAGAACUUCGUGAGUCAAUUGAGUUGCCGCUUAUGAACCCUGAGCUCUUCCUUCGAGUUGGCAUUAAGCCUCCAAAGGGUGUAUUGUUGUAUGGCCCCCCUGGAACUGGCAAAACCCUUCUGGCGCGAGCAAUUGCUAGCAAUAUUGAUGCUAAUUUCUUAAAAGUGGUUUCUAGUGCGAUUGUGGAUAAGUACAUUGGAGAAAGUGCGAGACUUAUUAGGGAGAUGUUUAGUUACGCCCGUGACCAUCAACCUUGCAUCAUAUUUAUGGAUGAGAUUGAUGCCAUUGGAGGCCGUCGUUUUAGCGAGGGUACUAGUGCAGAUCGAGAAAUCCAGCGUACCCUUAUGGAGUUAUUGAAUCAACUUGAUGGUUUUGAUCAGCUUGGCAAGGUAAAGAUGAUCAUGGCAACCAACCGGCCAGAUGUUCUUGACCCUGCUCUUCUACGACCUGGUCGUUUGGAUCGAAAGAUUGAAAUUCCACUACCAAAUGAACAGUCUCGUACAGAGAUUUUGAAGAUUCAUGCAUCUGGUAUUACGAAGCAUGGAGAGAUUGAUUACGAGGCUAUUGUUAAACUUGCCGAGGGCUUUAACGGAGCUGAUCUUCGAAAUGUCUGUACUGAAGCGGGCAUGUUCGCCAUCCGAGCUGAUCGUGACUAUGUUGUUCAAGAGGAUUUCAUGAAGGCUGUUCGGAAGCUCACGGACGCAAAGAAGCUGGAAUCAAGUGCUCAUUACAGCACCGAUUUUGGCAAGGAGUAGAAUACGGAAGUUUUACUCUAUUUAUACCUUGGCUGCCUUCCGAGAAAGUUCCUUCAACUUUGCACGGAUCCUGGACACUCUCAAGAGAUCAUUCUUAGGUUCAAAUCAAGGUCGAUUUCACUGUUCAUGUUCAGCAAACCUCUGGAAAAUAAAUCCUUCUCUUCGCAUGUACAAAAUUUUAAUAUUUUCAAGUGGAUUUUUUUUGAAAUCUGUACCAA